UUUGUCAACCAAAUGUGGGAAUUUUUAGGGCGGAGAAUCAAUACAACAUCGUCACUGUGUCUUAUCUGAAAAACCAAAACCCCCCUCUACCGCGUCUUCCCACAAAUCAAUUUCGAUCAAAGAACAAAAUUCUAAAACUCCCUCCUAAGUAUGGUAUAAAGGGUCCCAUUUCUAUCUUUUUCUUUUUUCAAGAAUACCCAAUUCAUUUUCAAUUUCAUACCCUUUUGAUUUCGUUCCAUUUGCCAGUUUUUAGCAUCUGGGUUUUGAUUUAUCUUGAUUUUUCUCAAAUGGGGUUUGCUUAACUCAGUAAAUAAACCAGAAAAGUAGAAUCUUGGUCUGGGAAUUUGGGUUUUUGUAUUUUUUGGUCAUUUUUGUAAUUCUGAAGCUCUUGUUCAAUGGUGAUUGGAAUUAAGUGUUAACCAGAAAACAUGAUGAGUUUGAAGGACUGGGUCCUAUCACAGUUGAUAUCCAAGUCAGUAGCCUCAUCGAGACCACUUUUAGCAUCAGAUAGCUUUUUAUCAGAGGAACAUCCUGAUCAAGAGUUUGAUCACCCAGCUCACACUGCUGAUUUGGUUACAACAACAGCAUUAGCCAAUACAACCCAAUCUUCCAAUGAUAAUCAGCAGAAUACAAAUCAUUUCCAUUCACAGCAACGGAUGGUGGAGGAUUCUUUUCAGUCAGAUUUUAGUGUCAAUGAGAAGCCUAGUCCAGUGGUAAAGAUUGAAGCUCUUCAGAUUAAGUUCUUGCGGCUUCUUAAACGUUUUGGCCUGUCCGAGGACAACCUGCUGGUAUCAAAGGUCUUAUACCGAAUCCAGCUGGCAUCACUGAUACGGGCAAGAGAAUCGGAUUUAAAAAGGGCAAAUCUUAAAAUUGAGAGAGCACGUGUAAUAGCAGCAGAACAAGAAGCUGCUGGCCGACCGCAAUUGGAUUUCUCAUUUAAGAUCCUUGUACUGGGUAGGACUGGAGUUGGCAAGAGUUCAACCAUAAAUUCCAUAUUUGACCAAUCAAGAGCAACAACCAACGCGUUCAAGCCCGCUACUGACCGUAUUCAAGAGAUUGCGGGAACAGUAAAUGGCAUCAGAGUAUCGUUUAUUGACACUCCUGGUUUACUGCCUCCCUCACCCAGUAAUGUCAGGAAAAACAAGAAGAUUUUGCGUUCUGUGAAACGAUUUUUAAGGAAAUCUAAACCUGACAUGGUACUGUAUUUUGAGCGCCUGGAUUUGAUCAACACAGGCUACAGUGAUUUCCCCUUGUUGAAGCUUAUAACGGAAGUCUUUGGUCCUGCAAUUUGGUUUAAUACCAUCAUUGUCAUGACUCAUUCUUCCUUCAAUCUUCCCGAAGGGAUAAAUGGAUAUCCUGUUAACUAUGAAUCUUUCAUCACCACCUGCACAGAUUUGGUGCAACAUUAUAUUCACCAGGCAGUCUCUGACACAAAGCUUGAAAAUCCUGUAGUUUUAGUGGAGAAUGAUCCCAAUUGCAAAACCAAUAAUGCCGGAGAGAAAAUUCUACCUAAUGGGCAGGCGUGGAAGUCUCAGUUAUUGUUGCUGUGCAUAUGCACCAAAGUUCUAAGUGAUGUUAAUACCCUGUUGGACUUUGAAGACAGCCUAAAGGUGGGACCAUCAAAUGUCGGACGAUUGCCUUCUCUUCCACAUCUUCUCUCGUCCUUUCUAAAGCAUCGUGCUCAGAUAAGGCACGGUGGAUCUGAGAAUGAAAUUGACGAGGUUCCUCUUUUAGACUCGGAUGAUGAAGAUGAAUAUUAUCAAUUACCUCCUAUUCGGAUACUGACCAAGUCUCAGUUUGAAAGGUUGAGUGGUUCCCAGAAGAAGGAUUAUCUUGACGAAUUAGACUACCGGGAAAUCCUCUAUUUGAAAAAACAACUGAUAGAAGAAGCUCGUAGGCGAAGAGAAAAGAGAGUUUCUUCGAGUGAGAGUAAAGCCCCGAAUGAUGAGUCUGAUAACCAGGAGGAGGGCUCUCCAGAGCCGGUUCUGUUGCCAGAUAUGGCUAUUCCGCCAAGCUUCGAUUCAGAUUGCCCUGUCCACAGAUACAGGUGUCUCGUUACCAGCGAACAGUGGCUUGCACGACCAGUGCUUGAUACCAAUGGAUGGGACCAUGAUGUGAGCUUUGAUGGCAUUAACCUGGAGAGCAGUGCAGAAAUAAGAAAAAACAUCAUUGCCUCAGUCAAUGGACAAAUGAGCAAGGACAAACGAGACUUCAGUAUUCAAUCCGAGUUUGCUGCAGCAUUCACCAAUCCAGGUGGGCCCACUUAUGCGGUAGGUCUCGAUAUUCAAUCUGCCAACAAGGAGCUGAUCUGCACUAUUCACAGUAGUGCAAAGGUAAGAAACUUAAGAAAUAAUGUCACUGAAUGUGGUAUUUCUGUAAUACCAUUCGGGGAUAAGUAUUUUCUUGGUACCAAGUGUGAAGAUAGUUUUUCAAUUGGAAAGAGACUGAAGUUUACUGUGAAUGCUGGUCGGAUGGGGGGUGCUGGGCAAGCGGCUUAUGGUGGAAGCUUUGGAGCUACUUUAAGAGGAAAAGAUUACCCAGUGAGAAAUGAAAGUCUGAGUCUCUCGAUGACAGUUCUCUCGCUUAACAAAGAUACAGUGUUGAGCGGAAACUUGCAAACUGACUUCAGAGUGAGUCGAGGUACAAACAUGUCAGUAAGCGCAAACCUCAAUAACCGGAAGAUGGGUCAGGUUUCCAUCAAGACAAGCAGCUCUGAGCACAUGGAAGUAGCUUUUAUUGCACUUUUCUCGAUCGUCAGGGCCUUAUUUCGCAGAAAGAGAACUGACCAACUUGUUGGAGACUCCCUGGAAGCGGAAUGAAUGUUUUCCUUUCAGUUCAAGGAGGUCUAUCAUGUUUUGUUUAGGAGCGGCCUGUAGGGCUUUGAGGCGAGGAGGCACUUUCCUACUUCUACCUAGAAGGGUUGAACUGCUGAAGAAAAUGACUUACAUAUUCAUAGCAUGGCGUUUUCCAUCGACAGUACAGCAAUGAGCGAAGGUCACUAUGUUUUGAUGUUAGAUCAAUAUUGUCAAAUCCAGGAUAGGUAAAAAGACACCUUUUUUUUUGUCAGGCAAAGUUGAGAUGGCUGUAGUUUUGUAUCUGAAUAAUAAGUGUAUAGUAAUAUAGAGAGCAUACAAAAGUUUUCUGCGUUUCUUGUAAUAAUUAGCUUGAAAAGCUAGCAGGAUGCUCAUUCUGAUGUCAGAAGGGUAAUUAGUAGAUGCAUUUUCUAGUUUCAGUUUUUUUCUGUUCUUUGA